AUGAACCCCCCGGAGGGGGCGGCGGAGGAAGGAGGAGCGGCGGACUCGGACGUGGACGCCUUUUUCCGGACAGGUUCUUUUCGGAAUGAUGGUUUGAAAGCUUCUGAUGUCCUUCCCAUCCUAAAGGAAAAAGUGGCCUUUGUUUCCGGGGGCCGUGACAAACGAGGCGGGCCCAUCCUGACCUUCCCUGCUCGCAGCAAUCAUGACAGAAUAAGACAGGAAGACCUUCGGAAACUCGUGACCUAUUUGGCCAGCGUGCCAAGCGAGGACGUGUGCAAACGUGGCUUCACCGUCAUCAUCGACAUGCGGGGCUCCAAGUGGGACCUCAUCAAGCCCCUCCUCAAGACGCUGCAGGAAGCCUUCCCAGCCGAGAUCCAUGUGGCCCUCAUCAUUAAACCCGACAACUUCUGGCAGAAACAGAAGACCAACUUUGGCAGCUCCAAAUUCAUCUUUGAGACGAGCAUGGUGUCCGUGGAGGGCCUCGCGAAGCUGGUGGACCCCUCCCAGCUGACCGAGGAGUUCGACGGCUCCCUGGACUACAACCAUGAGGAGUGGAUCGAGCUGCGGCUGUCCCUGGAGGAGUUCUUCAACAGCGCCGUGCACCUGCUCUCGCGCCUGGAGGACCUGCAGGAGAUGCUGGCUCGGAAGGAGUUCCCGGUGGACGUGGAGGGCUCUCGGCGGCUCAUCGACGAGCACACUCAGCUCAAGAAGAAGGUGCUGAAGGCCCCCGUGGAGGAGCUGGACCGGGAGGGGCAGCGGCUGCUGCAGUGCAUCCGCUGCAGCGACGGCUUCUCAGGGCGCAACUGCAUCCCCGGCAGCGCCGACUUCCAGAGCCUCGUGCCCAAGAUCACCAGCCUCCUGGACAAGCUGCACUCCACCCGGCAGCACCUGCACCAGAUGUGGCACGUACGCAAGCUCAAGCUGGACCAGUGCUUCCAGCUGAGGCUCUUCGAGCAGGAUGCGGAGAAGAUGUUCGACUGGAUAAGCCACAACAAGGAGUUAUUCCUCCAGAGCCAUACGGAGAUCGGAGUCAGCUACCAGCACGCUCUAGACCUCCAGACACAGCACAAUCACUUCGCCAUGAACUCCAUGAAUGCCUAUGUCAACAUCAACCGCAUCAUGUCCGUGGCUUCCCGCCUCUCUGAGGCCGGCCACUAUGCCUCGCAGCAGAUCAAGCAGAUCUCCACGCAGCUGGACCAGGAGUGGAAGAGCUUCGCGGCUGCCCUGGACGAGCGCAGCACCAUCCUGGCCAUGUCCGCAGUGUUCCACCAGAAGGCCGAGCAGUUCCUGUCAGGAGUGGAUGCCUGGUGCAAGAUGUGCAGUGAAGGUGGCCUGCCAUCAGAGAUGCAGGACCUGGAGCUGGCGAUUCACCACCACCAAUCUCUGUAUGAGCAGGUGACGCAGGCCUACACAGAGGUCAGCCAGGAUGGCAAGGCCCUGCUGGAUGUGCUGCAGCGUCCCCUGAGCCCUGGGAACUCCGAGUCCCUCACGGCCACAGCCAACUACUCCAAGGCAGUGCACCAGGUGCUGGACGUGGUGCACGAGGUGCUGCACCACCAGCGGCGCCUCGAGAGCAUCUGGCAGCACCGCAAGGUGCGGCUGCACCAGCGGCUGCAGCUCUGCGUCUUCCAGCAGGACGUCCAGCAGGUGUUGGACUGGAUUGAAAACCAUGGCGAGGCCUUCCUCAGCAAACACACAGGAGUUGGGAAGUCCCUGCAUCGAGCCCGAGCCCUGCAGAAGCGGCAUGAUGACUUUGAAGAGGUGGCUCAGAAUACCUACACCAAUGCGGACAAGCUCCUAGAGGCGGCAGAGCAGCUGGCACAGACCGGGGAAUGUGACCCCGAGGAGAUCUAUAAGGCGGCGCGGCACCUGGAGGUGCGCAUCCAGGACUUCGUGCGCAGGGUGGAGCAGCGGAAGCUCCUGCUGGACAUGUCCGUCUCCUUCCACACGCACACCAAGGAGUUGUGGACAUGGAUGGAAGACCUUCAGAAGGAGAUGCUGGAGGAUGUCUGUGCAGACUCGGUGGAUGCGGUCCAGGAACUGAUCAAGCAGUUCCAGCAGCAGCAGACCGCCACUCUGGACGCCACGCUCAACGUCAUCAAGGAAGGCGAAGACCUUAUCCAGCAGCUCAGGGACUCGGCCGUGUCCAACAACAAGACCCCCCACAGCAGCUCCAUCAGCCACAUCGAGUCGGUCUUGCAGCAGCUGGACGACGCGCAGGUGCAGAUGGAAGAGCUCUUCCAUGAGCGGAAAAUCAAGCUGGACAUCUUCCUGCAGCUGCGUAUCUUUGAGCAGUACACCAUCGAGGUGACGGCAGAGCUCGAUGCCUGGAACGAGGACUUGCUCCGGCAGAUGAACGACUUCAACACGGAGGACCUGACGCUGGCAGAGCAGCGGCUGCAGCGCCACACAGAGCGGAAGCUGGCCAUGAACAACAUGACCUUCGAGGUCAUCCAGCAGGGCCAGGACCUGCACCAGUACAUCAUGGAGGUCCAGGCCUCAGGAAUUGAGUUGAUCUGUGAGAAAGACAUUGAUCUGGCAGCUCAGGUGCAAGAGCUACUGGAGUUCCUCCACGAGAAGCAGCAUGAGCUGGAGCUCAACGCUGAGCAGACGCAUAAGCGGCUCGAGCAGUGCCUCCAACUGCGGCACCUCCAGGCCGAGGUCAAGCAGGUCCUGGGAUGGAUCCGCAAUGGAGAGUCGAUGCUGAACGCCAGCCUGGUCAACGCCAGCUCCUUGUCUGAAGCGGAGCAGCUGCAGCGGGAGCACGAGCAGUUCCAACUGGCCAUCGAGAAGACGCACCAGAGCGCCCUGCAGGUGCAGCAGAAGGCAGAGGUGCUGCUGCAGGCCGGCCACUACGACGCGGACGCCAUCCGGGAAUGUGCGGAGAAGGUGGCCCUCCACUGGCAGCAGCUCAUGCUGAAGAUGGAAGACCGGCUGAAACUGGUCAACGCCUCUGUGGCCUUUUACAAAACCUCUGAGCAGGUCUGUAGUGUCCUGGAGAGCUUAGAGCAGGAAUACCGGAGAGACGAGGAUUGGUGUGGUGGGCGAGAUAAACUGGGGCCAGCAGCGGAGAUCGACCACGUCAUUCCUCUCAUCAGUAAACAUCUGGAACAAAAGGAGGCCUUUCUUAAGGCCUGCACCCUGGCACGGCGGAAUGCGGAGGUGUUUCUCAAGUACAUCCACAGGAACAACGUCAGCAUGCCCAGCGCCGCCAGCCACACUCGGGGACCCGAGCAGCAAGUGAAAGCCAUCCUGAGUGAGCUCCUGCAGAGGGAGAACCGUGUCCUGCACUUCUGGACCUUGAAGAAGCGGCGGUUAGACCAGUGCCAGCAGUACGUGGUGUUUGAGCGCAGUGCCAAGCAGGCACUGGACUGGAUCCAAGAAACAGGUGAAUUUUACCUCUCAACACAUACCUCCACCGGAGAGACCCCAGAGGAGACUCAGGAACUGCUGAAGGAAUAUGGAGAAUUCAGGGGGCCUGCCAAGCAAACCAAGGAGAAGGUGAAGCUUCUGAUUCAGCUGGCCGAUAGCUUCGUGGAAAAGGGCCACAUCCAUGCCACAGAGAUCAGGAAGUGGGUGACCACAGUGGACAAGCACUACCGAGACUUCUCCCUGCGGAUGGGGAAGUACCAGUACUCCCUGGAGAAAGCCCUGGGCGUCAACACAGAGGAUAACAAGGACCUGGAGCUGGACAUCAUCCCAGCAAGCCUUUCGGAUCGUGAGGUCAAGCUGCGGGACGCCAACCAUGAAGUCAAUGAAGAGAAGCGGAAGUCUGCCCGGAAGAAAGAAUUCAUCAUGGCCGAGCUGCUCCAGACAGAGAAGGCUUAUGUAAGGGACUUACACGAGUGCUUAGAGACCUACCUGUGGGAAAUGACCAGCGGCGUGGAGGAGAUCCCCCCUGGGAUCCUCAAUAAAGAGCAUAUCAUCUUUGGCAACAUCCAGGAGAUCUACGAUUUUCACAACAACAUCUUCCUCAAAGAGCUGGAGAAGUACGAGCAGCUGCCUGAGGAUGUGGGACACUGCUUUGUUACCUGGGCAGACAAAUUUCAGAUGUACGUCACCUACUGUAAAAACAAACCUGAUUCCAACCAGCUGAUCCUGGAGCAUGCAGGCACCUUCUUUGACGAGAUACAGCAGCGGCACGGUCUGGCCAACUCCAUCUCUUCCUACCUGAUCAAGCCCGUCCAGAGGAUCACCAAGUACCAACUGCUCCUGAAGGAACUUUUAACUUGCUGUGAAGAAGGGAAGGGGGAGCUCAAGGAUGGCCUGGAGGUGAUGCUCAGCGUCCCAAAGAAAGCCAAUGACGCCAUGCAUGUCAGCAUGCUGGAAGGGUUCGACGAGAACCUGGACGUGCAGGGGGAGCUGAUCCUCCAGGACGCCUUCCAAGUGUGGGACCCCAAGUCUCUGAUCCGGAAGGGGCGGGAGCGGCACUUGUUCCUCUUUGAGAUCUCCUUGGUUUUCAGCAAGGAAAUCAAAGACUCUUCAGGACACACGAAAUAUGUUUACAAGAACAAGCUACUGACCUCAGAGCUGGGUGUGACGGAGCACGUAGAGGGGGACCCCUGCAAAUUCGCCUUGUGGUCUGGGCGCACCCCGUCCUCUGACAAUAAAACCGUGCUGAAAGCCUCCAACAUAGAAACCAAGCAGGAGUGGAUCAAGAACAUACGGGAAGUGAUUCAAGAAAGGAUCAUUCACCUGAAAGGAGCUUUAAAGGAGCCCAUCCAGCUCCCCAAAACACCAGCCAAACUGAGAAACAAUAGUAAGAGAGAUGGAGUAGAGGAUGGUGACAGCCAGGGGGAUGGGAGCAGCCAGCCAGAUACCAUCUCCAUUGCCUCCAGGACCUCUCAGAACACAGUGGACAGUGACAAGCUCUCCGGCGGAUGUGAGCUGACCGUGGUCCUCCAGGACUUCAACGCCGGCCACAGCAGCGAGCUGACCAUCCAGGUGGGGCAGACGGUGGAGCUGCUGGAGCGGCCGAGCGAGCGGCCGGGCUGGUGCCUGGUGCGCACCACGGAACGCAGCCCCCCGCAGGAGGGCCUGGUCCCCAGCAGCGCCCUGUGCAUCUCGCACUCCCGGAGCAGCGUGGAGAUGGACUGCUUCUUCCCCCUGGUGAAAGAUGCAUACUCUCAUUCCUCAAGUGAAAAUGGAGGCAAGUCCGAGUCAGUGGCCAACCUGCAAAGCCAGCCCUCCCUGAACUCCAUCCACAGCUCCCCCGGUCCCAAGCGCUCCACCAAUACCCUUAAGAAGUGGCUGACUAGUCCUGUGCGCAGGCUCAACAGCGGGAAAGCAGACGGAAACAUCAAGAAGCAGAAGAAAGUGCGCGAUGGCCGCAAGAGCUUCGACCUGGGCUCUCCCAAGCCUGGGGAUGAGACGACGCCUCAGGGAGACAGUGCCGAUGAGAAGAGCAAGAAAGGUUGGGGUGAAGAUGAGCCAGAUGAAGAAUCCCACACCCCGCUCCCUCCGCCCAUGAAGAUCUUUGACAACGACCCUGCGCAGGAUGAGAUGAGCCUAGAAGGAGGCUCCUACCGGGGCAGCUUGAAGGACCCAGCGGGCUGCCUGAAUGAGGGGAUGACCCCGCCCACACCUACUAGAAACCUGGAAGAAGAACAGAAAGCCAAGGCCUUGAGAGGCAGGAUGUUUGUCCUGAAUGAGCUGGUACAGACCGAGAAGGACUAUGUCAAGGACCUGGGAGUUGUGGUGGAGGGCUUCAUGAAGAGGAUAGAAGAAAAGGGUGUCCCGGAGGACAUGCGCGGGAAGGACAAAAUCGUGUUUGGAAACAUUCACCAGAUUUAUGAUUGGCAUAAGGACUUUUUCCUGGCUGAACUAGAAAAAUGUAUCCAGGAGCAAGACAGAUUGGCCCAGCUCUUCAUUAAACACGAGCGGAAGCUGCACAUCUACGUGUGGUACUGCCAGAACAAGCCACGCUCCGAGUACAUUGUGGCCGAGUACGACGCCUACUUUGAAGAGGUGAAACAAGAGAUAAAUCAAAGGCUGACGCUUAGUGACUUCCUUAUCAAGCCCAUUCAGAGAAUAACAAAGUACCAGCUGCUUCUCAAGGACUUCCUGAGAUACAGCCAGAAGGCGGGUUUGGAGUGUUCGGAGAUCGAGAAAGCAGUGGAGUUAAUGUGCCUUGUUCCAAAACGCUGCAAUGACAUGAUGAAUCUGGGGCGCCUGCAGGGCUUUGAGGGCACACUGACCGCUCAGGGGAAGCUGCUGCAGCAGGACACGUUCUACGUGAUUGAGCUGGACGCAGGCAUGCAAUCCCGGACCAAGGAGAGGCGUGUGUUCCUCUUUGAGCAAAUUGUCAUCUUCAGCGAACUGCUCAGGAAGGGCUCUGUCACCCCGGGCUACAUGUUCAAAAGGAGCAUCAAGAUGAAUCACUUGGUCCUGGAGGAGGACGUGGACCGUGACCCCUGCAAGUUUGCGCUCAUGAACAGGGAGACCUCGGAGAGGGUCAUUCUGCAGGCCGCCAACGCUGACAUCCAGCAGGCCUGGGUGCAGGACAUCAGCCAAGUCUUAGAAACACAGCGAGACUUCUUAAAUGCACUGCAGUCGCCCAUUGAGUACCAGCGGAAGGAGAGGAGCUCAGCUGUGAUGAGGGCCCCCCCUGCCAGGACUCCCCAGGCCAGCCCCCGGCCCUACUCCUCCAUCCCCGUGGGCUCUGAGAAGCCCCCAAAGGGCUCCAGCUAUAACCCCUCGCUGCCACCCCUGAAAAUAUCUACCUCCAACGGCAGUCCAGGGUUUGACUACCACCAGCCUGGAGACAAGUUUGAGACCAGCAAGCAGAGCGACCUGGGAGGCUGCAACGAGACCUCGUCCAUGGCCGUGAUCAAAGAUUACUAUGCACUGAAGGAGAACGAGAUCUGUGUGAGCCAGGGUGAGGUGGUCCAGGUCCUCGCCGUCAACCAGCAGAACAUGUGCCUGGUGUACCAGCCCGCCAGCGACCACUCGCCCGCGGCCGAGGGCUGGGUCCCGGGCAGCAUCCUGGCGCCCCUCACCAAAGCCACGGCGGCCGCAGAAAAUAGUGACGGGAGCAUCAAGAAGUCUUGUUCAUGGCAUACUCUACGCAUGAGAAAGCGGGCGGAAGUGGAGAACUCGGGUAAAAAUGAAGCCACAGGGCCUCGUAAACCCAAGGAUAUUCUGGGCCACAAAGUCUCUGUUAAAGAGACGAACAGCUCCGAGGAGUCAGAGUGUGACGAUCUUGACCCUAAUACUAGCAUGGAGAUCUUAAAUCCAAAUUUCAUCCAAGAAGUGGCCCCGGAAUUCCUGGUGCCGUUAGUGGACGUGACCUGCUUGCUUGGGGACACGGUGACGCUGCAGUGCAAAGUGUGCGGGCGACCCAAGCCCACCAUCACCUGGAAGGGGCCUGACCAGAACAUCCUUGACACUGACAGCGGCUCGGCCACAUACAGUGCCUCCUCCUGCGAGUCCGGAGAAACCACCCUGAAGAUCUGCAACUUGAUGCCUCAGGACAGCGGCAUUUACACGUGCAUAGCGGCCAACGACCACGGCACCGCCUCCACGUCCGCCACGGUGAAGGUGCAAGGCGUUCCCGCGGCCCCCAACCGCCCCAUCGCCCAGGAGAGGAGCUGCACCUCGGUGAUCCUGCGCUGGCUGCCCCCGGCCAGCACGGGCAACUGCACCAUCUCCGGCUACACCGUGGAGUACCGAGAAGAAGGUUCCCAGGCCUGGCAGCAGUCAGUGGCUUCGACCUUGGACACGUACCUCGUCAUCGAAGACCUCAGCCCCGGGAGCCCUUAUCAGUUCAGAGUCAGUGCCAGCAACCCCUGGGGGAUCAGCCUUCCCAGCGAGCCCUCAGAGUUUGUGCGGCUUCCAGAAUAUGAUGCUGCUGCUGAUGGCGCCACCAUUUCUUGGAAGGAAAAUUUUGAUUCAGCUUAUACUGAGCUGAAUGAAAUUGGCAGAGGCCGUUUCUCCAUAGUGAAGAAAUGCAUCCACAAAGCUACCCGCAAAGACGUUGCUGUGAAAUUCGUCAGCAAAAAAAUGAAGAAGAAGGAGCAGGCUGCCCAUGAGGCCGCCCUCCUCCAGCAUCUGCAGCACCCACAGUACAUCACUCUCCACGACACCUACGAGUCUCCCACGUCCUACAUCCUGAUCUUGGAACUGAUGGAUGACGGCCGGCUCCUAGACUACCUUAUGAAUCAUGACGAGCUGAUGGAAGAAAAGGUAGCCUUCUACAUCCGAGACAUCAUGGAAGCGCUGCAGUACCUUCACAACUGCAGGGUGGCCCAUUUGGACAUCAAGCCUGAAAACCUGCUCAUUGACCUGCGGAUCCCAGUGCCUCGAGUGAAGCUCAUCGACCUGGAGGAUGCUGUCCAGAUCUCAGGUCACUUCCACAUCCACCACCUGCUGGGCAACCCCGAGUUUGCCGCCCCGGAGGUGAUCCAGGGCAUCCCCGUGUCCCUGGGCACCGACAUCUGGAGCAUCGGGGUCCUGACGUACGUCAUGCUGAGCGGGGUCUCCCCGUUCCUGGACGAGAGCAAAGAAGAGACGUGCAUCAACGUGUGCCGGGUGGACUUCAGCUUCCCGCACGAGUACUUCUGCGGCGUGAGCAAUGCCGCCAGGGACUUCAUCAACGUGAUCCUGCAGGAGGACUUCCGGCGGCGGCCCACGGCGGCCACCUGCCUGCAGCACCCGUGGCUGCAGCCCCACAACGGCAGCUACUCCAAGGUCCCGCUGGACACGUCCCGCCUGGCCUGCUUCAUCGAGCGCCGCAGGCACCAGAACGACGUGCGGCCCGUCCCCAACGUCAAGAGCUACAUCGUCAACAGGGCCAACCGAGGGACGUAG